UAUCGAUUGACUUUCGAGGUUUGCCAUUUUACGACGUAUAUUAUGCGCACUUACGUGAUAUCUACGAAUUUUACGUGUCUAUAAUUCAGUAUCAAUAAUCAGCAGUCGAGGUAGUUGAAACGUAUGAAUCCCGCGAAACUAUAUAUUGUCGCUUUUCAUAUAUCGUUUGUUGAAUUCUUGGUAAUAUCAUCAAAAAUUUCAUUUGUGUAACCUCUUUAUCAAGUAAUUAUUUGUAUCAAAACAAAUUUUAGAAGAUGUACAGUUUGAGAAGAAUUCGUUUCAUAAAAUUAUAACAGACGAUUUUAAUGUACUCAUAACAAUUCUUCGACAAAUGCUCAAUUACAGUGAAUGACAAUUUAUUCUUACUUCUGGCGUCUUAACGGUGCCAAUAAAUAUUAAAAACAAAUUAGGAUCGUCCUAUUAAGCAUGUUUGGUCAAACUGGAAAUACCUCUUUUAGUAGUUUUAAUACACCAACGCAAUCCAGCCCAUUUGGGCAAUCUGCGUUUGGUAAACCAAUCACUACAACAAGUUUUGGUUCUGGUGCUACACCAGUCUUUGGCAGUGGCAAUACUUCUCUCUUUAGUUCAAAGCCUGCAGGUUCUACCACUGGUGGCUUGUUUGGCAAUACUACAACUCCACCUGCAUUUACUCAACCAUCUUUUGGAGGGUUUGGUACAACAAAUACAAAUACCAAUUUAUUUGGCUCCCAGCAGAAUGCAAGUACAAAUCUUUUUGGUACAAACACUGCAACGUCAGCAUUUGGUCAAUCGAAUAAACCAGCUGGAUUUGGUUUUGGUACCACAUCUGGUACAAAUUUAUUUGGGCAACCCCAACAAUCAGCUCAGCAAACCACACCUUUUGGGCAAAGCAGUACCACUGGAAAUACAAAUUUAUUUGGUGCAACACCUGGUUUUGGCAAUACGAACACAGCAACCACAAGUAUAACUGGUACUGUCGUUAAAUUUGCUCCUAUGAUUACUACCGAUUCCAUGUCCAAGAAUGGUAUAUCUCAUACUAUAUCGGUGAGACAUUGUUGCAUUGCGACAAUGAAAGAAUAUGAAUCAAAGUCUUACGAAGAGUUACGUUUUGAAGAUUAUUCUGUGGGACGAAAAGGACCCAGUACAGGAAUCUUUGGUGCACCAGCACAACCUUCACCUUUUGGUAAUGCAGGGGCAGGUACUAGUACUGCAACAACGGGCUUUGGUGGAAUGAGCGCUGGUUUUGGAGCGACCACACAGUCUGGCUCAAGUGGUCUCUUUGGAAAGCCUAUAAGUACUUUUGGUACACCCUCGACAACAACAACAAAUAAUUUUGCUUUUAAUUCUACUCCAAGCACUAAUCUGUUUGGUACUAAUACCCAGAAUAAACCAUUUGGUAUCUUAUCUACAGCAGCAGCUCCAACCCCACUUUUUGCAACCAGCAAUACUAACCAAACUGCUGGUACAGGUUUCGGUGGCAUUAAUACGGGUCAAAAUACUGCUUUCGGCUCCGCAUUUGGUUCAACGCAACCGAAUCAGAGUAUUGGUCUAUUUAACCAAAACAAAUCAGCUUUUAAUGCACCUUCCACAUCGUCUAGCACUGGGUUUUCCACUUUUGGUCAGACACCAAUGAGCAAUACGGGUACACCUUUAUUCUGUUCUAAAUCAACUGGAACGAUAGGUUUCGGGGUAAAUUCGACUUUCGGUUCGACUGCACCAUCGACUUUUGGAACUGCACCAGGCUUCACUGCAGGUCAAAAUUCCGGUACUUCGUUGUUUAAUACACCUUUUAAGCCUGCAGGACAAACAUCUGGAUUUUCUUUUGGUUCAACUUCUACACCAUCGUCCGGACUCGGUACAAAUACGGGUUUAAUGUUGGGUAGUGGCUCUACUUUAUUUGGUCAGCAAAAAUCAAGCGGUUUGUUCGGGAACAGUGGCAAUAAUGCACCAUUUAAUACAUCGGGGUCGUUUGGAUCUUCAACUUUUGGAAAUAAUACAAAUGUAGGAGCGGGUAUUGGGACUGGAUUACUCGGAGCUGGAAAUACUACGAACCAAGUCAAAAGUUCCGGAACUGUGCCGGUGCAUCAACAAAUUUUAGCUUUGGUGUCUGCACCUUUCGGCGAUUCACCGUUAUUAAAAAAUCUUUUACCAGCUUCCGGUAAAACAGAAGAGUUAUUAAAACCGGCAAACGCGCCAUCCAAAUUAAUGAAUGGUCAACAGUAUAAGGUUACUGCUGAUAAUAAGUCUCCGAAAAUCAAGGCCAAAGUUGUUACUCCUGCACAGUUAUCUAAGAAGUCAAUGUUCGAAGGUCUUGAAGAGGAAGAUCCACUCUCGGAAGCAUUUCAGCCUCGUCCAAAUGCAAAGCGUUUGGUACUACGUCCGAAAUCCAUAUCGAACUCAAUAGUUCCAUCGCCCACAGAAAGUUCACAAACUGUAGGGAGAAACUUACAAUCUUCCGGAAAAGGAGAAGAGAAAUCAUCUGUAACAAAUACAUAUAUCGAAAAUACAACUAUCGAAACUGUAGAUAAAGAAAAUCAUAGUCAAGAUAAUAAUCGACAAUUAGUAAACGAUCGAAGAUCAUCUUUGUCUUGGUUGAAAACGAGCCUUCCACGAAAUGCAAAAAAUUUAGACGAAGAAUCAUACGAGGCUCAACGGUCGCUAUUUUCUAGUCCGAACGCAUUGUCCGAAGAGAUGAUAAACAAUACUGUUACUGAAUUGCGACCUUAUGCUAACGCCAAUUCAUCAAAUCAAAAGUGCUCUGAAAUUAAUACAUCUGUGGAUACGUCUUUAAAGAAUUCAUCUCUCGUUGAUAAAACAUGUACGGACAUUGUGACUCAAAACUCUGAUUCGAGUCAAGAAUUGGACGAAAAUUCCUUUUCGACGUUGCAAACUUCAAACUGGAAACCAAACGCGGCUAAAGUAACACUGAAACGUGCUGGUUACUAUACAAUUCCGCCGCUUGAUAAAUUAGACGAGUAUGUUCGCGGUGAAACGUGUAUUGUACCAAACUUCACUGUUGGGCGUGAAGAUUAUGGGAAUGUGUAUUUCCCUGAAUCGUUUGAUAUAUAUGGCUUGAAUUUAGACGAAAUUGUACAUUUUCGACACAAGGAAGUCAUCAUUUAUCCAGAUGAUGAGAAGAAACCACCUAGUGGAGAAGGAUUAAAUCGUAAAGCACAAGUUACUUUAGACCAAGUAUGGCCACACGAUAAAUCUCUACAUAAGCCUAUUACCGAUCCGCAUCGUUUAGCUGCGAUGGAUUACGAAGAAAAAUUACGAAGAGUGUCAGCGAAACAUGAUACUAGAUUCUUAGAGUAUCGACCUGAAACUGGUUCAUGGGUUUUUAAGGUAGAUCAUUUUUCUAAAUAUGGCCUAAGCGAUUCAGAUGAAGAAGAUAAUAAUGUCCCUACAGCGAAUGACACGAAAAGAUUAAAAUUGUGCGCAACUCAGCAAAAAUGUGCAACCAAGCAGGAGCAAUCAAAAGUAGUUUCAAAUAAAGAUACUUCCAAGGCCAAUGAUUUAAAAACAGCGAAUACAGACUAUUCAGAUUUAGAUACACGUGGACUUCUCUUGGAAGCAAUUGUCUCACGUCGGUCGUUUAGAACAGAUCAGAAUCGUGAAAAACAACUACCGAUAAGUCCAACUGGUGAGAAUGCUCGCAUUUUGGGUACAGACAGUCAUAAACUGCAAUUAAUGAAGGCCAGCUUCUUUGAUGGCAGCGACGAAGAGAUUAACGAGGCUUAUGAUCAAGAAUCGAAUCGCGCGUUAUUUCUUCCCGAUCGUAGAAGUUCUUUGCGAUGUUUCACCAAUACGCCACAAAAAUUAGAUGAAGAUCAAAACUACGAACCAAUUUACAGUCCGAUGUUACGAUCUAAUUUGGCAAUUCAUCGGACGCCAACUAUUGCUUAUGAAGAAUCGACCCUUUCGAAGACAGAUUCCAAAUUGGAACGCUCGAUGGACAUCGUUGUUAAGACAUCAACGAUAUAUGAAAAAGGUUUGCCGGAUCCUUCGAUAACUCCGGUGACUACAAUUCUUCGAUGUAUUUCUGAAGUGAUUCCGUUAUCAAAAUCUAUUAUACAUAAACUGGAAUCUCGCUCUGUUGCUGAUAUUGGCAUACAAAUGGGAAGGAGGUUUAAACCAAGCUGGGGACGUGGUUUAACAUUACUUACAUUGAGUACGAAGAAACAGGCUGACGAUGUACUAUUAAAUAAUUCUUUUGAACAAAUUGGAUCUUACGUAUGUGGUCGUUCUCCAGAAGAUACAACAUCCGUUGGGAUAGUCCAACGUAUACAAAUUUUGGGUGGUAGUGGAACCGGCGAAGAACGCAUUAAGACAUUCAAAGAAAGUAUAGAAGGUCAUCUAAAAAUUCAGCUGUCACAUCGUGUAAUGAAUCCAGAUGGAGACUGUCUAAUUUUUGACGUAGAUACAGAUAUUAAUAAGGCGAGCAUGGCUUUACACGCACAUUGUAGUUUAGCCGAAGAAUUUGCGGAACAGUUUGCCACAGAUUCCUUUGCUUCCUAUGUUGCUAACGUUUGGAAACUCUGUGUAGCUCUUUGGGGAAAUUUACCUGAUGUAAACGUUGCCGCAGAAAAUUCAGAAGAGCAUAGCGUCGUAAUUGCGCGGCGAGAGGCAAUCGGGGAAUGGUUAAGAAACGUUAUACGAAAAACUCUCGUGUUGGAGGAUACUGAUAUUAAUUAUGAAACAAAGAUAUUGCUUUUACUAUCUGCUUUCGAAUUAGAAGAGGCGUGUAAAAUUGCAAGAGAAAUGGGUGAUCAUUGUUUGGCCUUAUUGAUGGCGCAGCUGUGCAGUGGAAUGCCAAUAAAGGUAUUAACACAGCAGCAAAUUGCAUUAUGGCAAAAUGCCGGUGUUGAUGAAAACCUCUCGUUAGAUCGGCUAAAGCUUUUUGCAUUGGUGGCGGGUGAACCACCUAGUAAACAUUGUCCAAUCAAUGUGUGUGAAGGUUUCGAUUGGAAGAGAUCGUUAGCUGUUCAUUUGUGGUAUUUUUCAUCUCCGACUGCUUCUAUAAGAGACAUAUUAGACAUUUACGAGGCCUCCUUCGAUACAACCAAGACAAAUGACGUUUAUACGUCGAUACCGAAACCCGAAUACAAAGGAAACGAUUUCGAACUUGAAAUAAAUAAUGGGAAACCAAUAUAUGAUCUCUGUUUUCAUCUUUUGAAGUUAUUUUGCACUGGCAAUCAUACGUUAGGUGAAUUAUUGAAUCCAGCAACACACACUGCUGAUCCAAUGGAUUACAGACUCAGUUGGCUGAUGCAGCAAGUACUUUUAGCUUUGGGUUAUUCACAUCUUUCGGAACAUGUUGCCAUUUUGACACAUGUUAAUUUUGCUACACAAUUAGAAGCAUAUGAUCUCUGGCAUUGGGCUAUAUUCGUAAUGUUACAUUUAAAAGAUGCCGCAAAGAGGAAGACUGCGGUAAUGAAUUUAUUGCAACGACAUGUCGAAAUAGACGAUGCUAGCGAUUGUCCUGAUUUUAUCGAGCGAGAAACGUUUUUACGGGAAGAAUUGGGUAUACCUUCGAUUUGGAUUCACCAUGCGAAAGCCGUGAAAAGUUACGUAGCUAAAAGAUACGGGAAAGCAGCUUUCUAUUUUAUUCAAGCAGAACAGUGGAAUAAGGCGCAUGAAAUUAUUAUUGAACAUUUAGCAGCAGAUGUUAUAAUAAACGAAAAUUACGAUUACCUGCGCAGCUUAUUGCGUCCACUGACUCCUUUAGAAUGCAGUAGCACUAUAAGUGGUUGGACGUAUCAAGGACAAUUACUCUGGGAAUAUAUGGAAAUAACUAUGAAUGUUGAAUCUUUGCUACGUAGUGCCGAUCCACGUGGAAUAAGUUCUAAAUUGGAAUCACUAAAACAACGAUUGUCAAAUCUUCCUUCCAAGAUCAAUCAAUUUCCAUGUUUAACUGCGAAACAUAGGCUUUGUCAAGCGGAAAUUGCAAAGAGAACGAUACACUUAGCUAGGAGUUUGUUACAACUGAACGAGAAUAAAUCUACGUCGAUAUAUCAAUUGGUAUCUCAAUUACCAUUGCCGGAAGACUAUGCACAACAAGAGCUUCGUUUUGUCAUUAAUAUGUGCGUGAACGAAAUUAUAUAUUAGGCAAAAUAAUUGUUUUUUCGCGGAAAUCAACAAUCUUCUCUCGGCCAAAAUAGAUAUUUGUGGUGAUACUUCUUUUUUCAUGAUUUUGUAAUAAUAAUUAGAAUGAUUUAUGAAACGAUUUUAUGAUUUGUAACCACGAUAAUGGUGAUAAAGAUUGUAGUACAAUUAAUUACAACAAUGGUAGUGAUAACAACAAUAAUAAUAAUGAUAGCGUCAAUAAUACAUUCAAUAGUUUAGAUUUAUAACUAUAAUUAACAAUUAAGAAUGUUUAUACAUAUACAUAUAUACAUGCUAAUUUGUUACUUAAGAUAUUCUAUGUCUAUAAAUAUUUAGAUAAGUAAAUAACAAGCGGAAAAGGACCAGAGAAAUGACACGGUAAAUGUUAUAAGUUUAGAUAUUCAAACGAUGCUUUUAAUUCCAUAAAGUGAUAAUUAAAAUACGCAUGUCAUUAUCUGAUUGUUUUAAUUUUAAUUAUAGGAAACAUUUGAAAAAUUUUUCGUUCUGUAUUGUAUGUAUUUUCAGAAUAUAAACCAAGUAUAUUAUUA